AUGGCUGCUUCAACUGCUGCCCAGCCUAUGUCCAAGUCCGCUAGAAAGAAGGCUGCCAAGGCCAUCGAGCGCACCGAUUCUCCUGCUCUUAGCACCGCGUCUCUCGCCGUUUCUGCGGACAAGACCGAUGAUGGUUUCGAGAGCCCAUACAUCAAGGAGCUUCAGAAGAACAUUCGAAAUGUAAACAAGAAGAUUCUGAACGCAAACAAGACCGACUCCCUUCUUGCUGAGCACAAGGGCAAGACCCUCGAAGAACUGGUUGCCUCCAAGAUCCUCAACACCGACCAAAGGGCCCAGAUCCUCAAGAAGCCUGCUCUGCAGGCGCAGCUCGCCACCCUCGAGGAGCAGCUGGCUCAGUCUCAGAGGGUGCAUGAUCAGUAUGCGGCCCAGGCUGCCACUGAAAAGGCCGAAUUCGAGAAAACAAUUCAAAAGCUUAAGGCUGAUGCGACUGCGGAGGCUAAGCAAGCUUUCGACGAGACCUUCCAGGACAACCUGCUCCUGCUGUCACAGUUCCUCCGCCUAGCUGCGUACCGUCGAGAGGAGGGCAGCAACCCUGACGCGGACGAGAACCAGGCUAUUGAGGGUGUUCUUCUCGCCAUUUACUCCGGAGACAGCUCUGCUGUAGCUGCCAUGAUGAAACUGAUGGAGGGAUCUGCAGAGCAAGUCAUCAGCGUUCCCGGUGAGACUCUUGAGUCAACCUACUCUGACAUCGGUGCCCUAGCUAAGGGCUACACCGCAAUGGGGUACACUGAAGCCGCACAGUCGGUGGAGACGGAGACGCAGGACUCUGCUCCUGCUGCGGCCGUCAACCUGCCGCCGGCCACUGCUGCGGAGAUUGAGGCUGGCGCUGAAUCCCUGACGAUCAGCGAACCCACUCCAAACGGCCUGGCUAACGGUAACGAUCUGUCCAUUUCACAAGAGUGGGUAGAUGUCAAGGCCCCCCAAGAGCCGGCCGCCGCCCCUGCUGCCGCUCUCGUUGAGGCCCCUAGUGGCAAGUCUUGGGCUGACGAUCAACCUGAAGUAACCACUGCCACCCCUUCCGCCGCUCCUGCGCAGCCAAAUGAUGGAUUCCACCAGGUGCAGCGGAACCGGGGUCGUCAUGAGCGCGAAGGCAGUGGCAACUUUCGUGGCCGCGGUCGCGGUGCCUACCGCGGUCAAGGCGCUCGAGGUGGCCGCGGCGGUGGUGAUGGUCGCGGCAGGGGAAGAGACAACCGCAACCCAAACUCGGGAGGUGCCGCCCCUCGCCCCCCUCGCCAGGAGAACUAG